AUGGCCGCCAUGGUGCGGAUCCAGGUGGAAUUGCUGAGUGGCGAAGGUGCCAGUUUGGAAGUGACACCAGACAUGACGAUCGGACAGUUGAAGGAGGAAGUGAAGGCGUUCCAUCCAUCGAGUGACGAGAUCAUCCGGAGACUCAGCAGCGUGGAGAUUGUCCUGGAUGGAGCGAAGCUGAAUGAUGAGUCGAUGAGCGUCGCGGAGUCGUUGCCUGACCAUGCCAAAGUGCAGGCCUUGAGUCGUUGA